AUGUUCUGGCAACAGUACCUACUUCCCAUCCUCCAGCGAGGAAGAGAAUGUCGGCAGCCGCUGGACCCACUUCUUUCCAAAGAAGGCUUUGUGGAUCAUUUCCCGAGUAUGUUCCAAGUUUACUUCAAGUUUUUCAUCGAGCACAAAUCUUGCCUGGAUUAUGCCAAAUCCUGCAUGGAAAACAGCGACCUCUUCAAAAUAUUUAUUCAGUGGGCAGAAGCUCAGAAGCAAUGUAACCGCCUGAAGCUGGCCGAUAUCUUGGUUAAGCCUAUGCAGAGACUAUUGAAAUAUUCCUUACUGUUGCAAGCCAUACUCAGACACACAGAAAAUGCCAAAGACAGGACAGAUAUACAAGAAAUGAUUCGGUCGAUUGACAAACUUUGUUGGGCAGCUAACAACAGUCUGAGAAGGCGAGAAGACUACGAGAAACUUGAAGCUGUAAGAAAAACAAUAGAUCCUUUCGAUGCCAUAGAAGCUCCAAAUGAUGAAUGUGCAAAAAUCAUCCAGGAAUACAAUGGUAGCUUUAAUCUGCUGGCUCCAAUGCCUGGAUUCAGGGAUGGGCCUAGAAGUUUGCUGUUUCACUCCAGCCUAAGAAUGAGAGAGGCACAAAAUAUUAAGCUGGACGUUGACUGCCUGCUCUUCACAGAUCUCAUCCUGAUAUGCAAAUCCAAUAGGAAAAUGGAGCGCUUCAAAAUUAUACGACCACCAAUGAGACUGGAUCAGUUGGUGGUUAGCGAGCUGAAGGAUAAGGGAAGUUUUCUCCUGAUUCCUGUAUAUAGGGAUUACAAAAUGAGAAAAAUCCAGGAAAGUGCAGAGUUGGAAAUUCUUCGCAAAGACUCCACUGCAGCUCAGGGUGAGGUCGAAGAGUCUACAGUUUUAUCAGUACCAUCUUACCUUGAACUUGUCUCAACGACUCUCCCUCGUUCAGAGAGUACAGAAUCUGCUGAUCGUUUCAUACCAAACCUUUUAACUCCAAACGACUUAUCUGCAGAUACUGGUCAACCAGAGGCUUCACGAUCCGUUUCUACUGGAGACUUACAAAGUCACUCCAUGACGCUAUCCACACAUAGAGAUUUACCUCAUGCUUAUACUGAUCCAAAACUUGGAACUUUGUUAUCCCCUGAUCUUUCCAGUAUGCAACAGUCAACAAGUGAAAAUAUCCAAAAGAACAGUUAUACUCUUUCUACCAAACACAAGCCAGUGCAGUCAUCUCACUCUGUACCAAACAUCAUGGUUGGCAACAACAGUAAUGGUGCUUCGCCAGGUGCUUCUCCUCCAUCUAAACAAGUAAUUUCCUUAGAAGAUCAAUCAGUCUUCAAGGAAGUAUCACAAGAUGUAGAUCAGUUAUCUGUCUCAACAUCUAGCCAAUCCAAAGAUAUCUUUCAUUCUGCAUCGGAGGGAUCGCUUUCUGAAUACAACAGCAUCAGCGAUGAAGAAGAGCUGGCAAAGCUCAAAUUAAACUCUCGAAGGGUUUCUCGAACUGAGAAACGAUACCAUACUGCGGAUGCUAUACAGGAUAUUAAAAACUCUGAAAAGGAUAACAGUAUACACAAACGGCUUUCAUGGAGAACAGAUGUUGCUAUAGAUCAUAAAAUUCUUGGAUCUAAAGCAGUUAGUACAGAUUCUGUUCGGAGUAUCCCAUCAUCCAGUGGUGUAAGCUCUAUCGGUUCCCUACAUCUAACAGUGGAAUCAGAAAUCAGCGAAGAACAAGAAGGAAACAGUAACGACAGUGAUAAUUAUAGUGGCAGUAGCCCCACCAGGAAUGAUCGCCUAAAACUCUUUUCUGUUGGAGACACAGAAGACAUUGAUGAUAACGACGAAGAUGAUAAUUCAUUUGCAGAUUCAAAACAAUCUAAGUCUAAAUCAACUUCAGAUUUAGCCACAAUGUUCAGUAACUCUCUGCAAGUGAGUCAAAUAGAAGAUGGAAUCGCAUCAGUUGCCAUGACAGCAGAUAGUUUCAGCAGAAAAUUAACCCCUGCAGAAAUAUUGAAGAUGAAAAAGUUAAAGCAUCAGGUUUUAUAUGAUGCUAACAUAGAAUCUUC